AUGAAAGAUACAAAUUAAAGUAAUUAUCUAGUAGAUGGAAAGGGAAGACACAAUUACCUCAACAAUUUCAAUGGUGAAUUUUGGAUAUUAAAUUAAGAAUAAGCUACCUAUACAGAGACUGGUUCAUAACCUAUCGUAGAUAUCAAAUAUCACUUGAUUCUUGAAUGGAUUUAAGAUUUAAAGAUGCAAAAUGAUGGAAGUGUCAUUGAAUAAAUCAAAUGA